AUGGCACCUGUCAUCGCCAGCAUCCUCAGACGAGCACAAGCAGCGCAAGACACAACACCAACACCAACACCAGAAGCAGAUAGCGGCCUCGGUCUCGGCGGCACGCCCGGCAACGACGAGUCUGCCCCAGCCACUAAUACGACAACCAUUCUUAUCAUUGUAAUCGUCAUCUGCGGAGCUGCCAUCAUGUCGGCCGCACUAUUCUACAUUUUCGACCGCAAAAAGAACAGCCAGUUCCGCGAGGCGUGUAAGAGAGAUCCAUACCUCACACGCAAGGAGUUCACUCGCCGGCGUAAGCUGAGCGCCCUAGAGCGUCUCGAGGAGGAGGAGCUACAGCGCAGCAUCAUGAUCCGCAAGUCCCUCGCCUGCCGGACCCCGUCGACGGGCAGUAGGGGCUCCAGCGACGAAGAUUCCGACUCGGGAGAGACGCAGAUGCAGCAGCACCAGCGUCUACCGGAGCCGUUGUACGACCCGCACCACCACGACCAGACUUCGAGGAGCGGGUGGGCGCCUAGCGAAGCACGCAGGGCCAGAUCCGACUCGGAGUCUUCGUCAUCUGCCUCGCUGGGAAGGCCGUACGCCGAGCCCCAUCCCGGCGUGGAGGUGGAGGUCCCGCUGCCCCCGCGAUCCAGGUCGCCGUCGCCGGUCCGGACGCCGCUGAUUCGGAAGCCGGUACCCCCGCCAAUGCCGGCGAUUUACGUCCCUGCCGGGGAAUCACCAAGGCAUCUGCGAACGCUGUCGAGAGGGUCUGAUAUUCCGCUUCACUUGCAAUAG